AAAAUCAUUACUAUAAGUUUUAAAUUAUGUGGGAGUUUGAAACUAUUAAUCCAAUAAAGCACGUUCUGAGGAUCAGUGAAAAUCCAUCUUCUAUGAACAAAUGGAUAACAUUAAUCACAGUACUCUCUUCAUUGUUAGAAGCAGUAUUACUUCCAGUAUUAAUUUCUCUGACAUGGAUAGCUAUAUACAAAAUAAAACGUAGAAUGAAUGGUAGUGAGUUUAGAUUAUGCAUGCAGGCUACUCAUGGCAAUAUGUUUAAGCUUUUCACGGAAUUGAUUCCUAGACAUAAAAGGUUAUCAAUGAUAAUGUUUGGAUUUAUUAUAUUAUUGUCUAUAAUGAUCAUAUUAGGGAAAAAUAUACCAAAUGUUUUGCUUGCACAGGUUAUUGGGUUAUAUAACUUCACAGAAAUUUCACAUAUAAAUGUGAAUUUGUUUAGAAACGAUUCGAAUUGCACGUAUACGUCAUGUCUUUCUGAUUUAGAUGAAGAAAAUUUUGCGUUGGUUAAAAAUUCUACUACAUUAAAAAAUACUUUGCGUAUGCAUAACGUGAAAAACACUUAUUUGAAUUUAAGUGUUGAUAAUACUUUGUAUGCAGUACGUGUCAAGAUCAACACUACGUCAUGUGGGUUUGCAUUUAAUGAUUAUAAUAAGUCUAAGUCAAUAUCUAGUCAAAAUAUGGAUAAUGUGACGGAUACAACUUUCAUACCUACAUAUGUUUAUGAAUUCUUAGUUGACACAUAUAGAUAUUUUAAUGGUUUAACGGCUUACCAAUCAGAAAUUGGUUUUAAUAUCAAUAUACAAGAUAGAUGUGAUAUACCUUUUAAUAUGUUGUAUAUUUCUCCCAAUUUUAACCCCAAUGUUACAAAACUGGGUAAUUUGAUAAAAAGUCGAUUUGAUGUAAAUCGGUCAAUUGGACGUACGUGUCGAAUGUCUUUUGGUUGUAGUGCAAGUGUUGAAUGGAAAAACAUGCAAAUAGUUGGAACUACGCCAGAUAAUAUAAAAUUAUUGAAAGUGGAUUUUAAUAACAGCUUAUACAAACUCGAGGAAUUAUUUUCUACCAAUGUGCGGGACUAUAGAAAGGUUGGAAAAUGCUUCGGAGAAGGGCUUAUGGAUAACACUUUAGAUAAAAUGGUUACAUUUCUAACAGAUUGGAGAGAAAUUAUAAAGUACAAAGGAGGUAAAUACAAUUACAACCUUUUAAACGAAUUUGAAAAUGUAUUAUCACAAUCAUUGGUAUCAUCAGUGCAAUCUAUGACGAAUGAUAUCAACGUUUACACUGUUCAAGCAAAGAAAUUGGAAGCUCCGGGAAUUUGGAUAGAAAUGACUAUUUUAUCAUUAGCAAUAUUUUUUGUUUGUAGUAUUUUAAUGUUAAUCUUGACAACCAGAAAUGUAAAAAUGUUGCUUCCACUUAGUGUAUUGGAUCUUGGAAUCAUAACUAAUGUUAUAUUCAAGGAAGAUGGUUCUAAUACAAAAACUUCUUGGCCAUUUGAACUUGAUUCUUAUCAAGAUGAGUCUACACAUUUACUUACGGCAAAUGAAAUUAGUUAAUAAAAUAAUUAGUCAGUGGUAUUUAAAUAAAUUCAUAUGAGAAAUACUAUUAUAAUAACAGGAGAAAUUAUUUAUUUAUUGUAGUCGUAUAAAAUUCGAGAAUGAAUAGUAGAUAUAGUUAAUUCUAUUUUAUAAUAACUAGUGCAUUCUUUUUUGAAUCCCUUUUACUUCAUAUAAGAUUAAAUAAAAAACAAGUAUCGUAUAGUAUCACAUGUAUGCUAUGUAUGGUAAUGAUUUCAUACAUAGUAGCAUACAUGUGACACCAUACAUGCAUUAUACAUCGGUAUUAAAUAGUAAUGGCGUUCAGGGAUUGGAUUUAUUCAGGAGUAAAUAUGAAUCUAAGAGCAUUAUAAAUACUGAAAGAGUUUACGAUAAGAAUGAUCGUUUUGGAAAGAAUAGAUAUGAAC